UGUGUAGAAGCAGCUGUGGGGUGAUGUUGGAGCUGUGAGUGGGGGAAAGAUUGAUAGUGAGGUUUGGAAGGACCUGCAGGCGGCCACGGUGAACCCUGACCCCAGCUUGAAGGAGUUUGAGGGAGCUACGCUCAGAUAUGCAUCGCUACGGAUCCCUCUCCCACUGGAAGAGGAGGAGUCUAACAGUGACCCUGAGGCCAAGUGUUUUGCGGUGCAGUCUCUGGGUUGGGUAGAGAUGGCAGAAGAGGACCUGUCGCCAGGGAAGAGUAGUGUUGCCGUUAACAACUGUAUCCGACAGCUAUCCUACUGCAAGAGCAACAUCAGAGACACGGUCGGCAUCUGGGGAGAGGGUCAGGACAUGUAUCUGGUUCUGGUGAACAACAUGUUGAACCUGGUUGAUCCUACGGACCGUUGUCUUGGCAACGUGCUUCAUUCUCAGCCAAUAGCAAGCAUUCGUGUCUGGGGGGUCGGCCGUGACAAUGUCAGAGAGAGGGACUUUGCGUACGUAGCGAGGGAUAAGGACACCAGGAUUCUGAAGUGUCAUGUGUUCCGUUGUGACACUCCAGCUAAAGCCAUCGCUACCAGCCUCCACCUCAUCUGCUCUAGGAUCAUGUCAGAGCGUAAGCAUGCUAAAGCGUUAUCAGGGGCGUUGUCAGGGGGCGUGUCUCUACACGACAGAAUGCAGUCAGGACUAGACCUCCCACUACAAGCAGAGUUCCCCACUCCAAAGACAGAGUUGGUCCAGAGAUUCCGGCUGCUGUAUCUGGGAAUGAAGCCAGUAGACAGACCUAUAGGUAUGGACAUAUUGAACGGGGCGAUAGACAGUCUGAUUGGUUCUUCCAGUAGAGAGGAGUGGAAAGCUGUUAACCUCAACGUGGCUGAUGCUACCCUCAUUAUCAGCAACAACCAGGAGGAGGAGGAGAAGGUGAAGGAGGAUGAGGAGGUGAAGGAGGAGGUGGAGGAGGAGGUGGAGGAGGAGGAGGAGGUGUUGGUAGAGUGCAGGGUGAGGUUUCUGUCCUUCAUGGGGGUAGGGAGGGACAUCCACUGCUUUGCCUUCAUCAUGGACGGAGGAGGACAACGCUACGAGUGUCACGUGUUCUGGUGUGAACCCAACGCUGGACAGCUCUCUGAGGCCGUACAGGCUGCGUGCAUGUUAAGGUAUCAGAAGUGCCUGUUGGCUCACCCCCCCUCCCAGAGAUCCCUCCCCUCCUGUGGCCGUGGCUCCUCCUCCCUGGGCAGCGGCGGUGGUAACCGCGGUAACGGCGGUGUGAAGAGAGGAGUGCUGUCCCUCAUCGACACCCUCAAACAGAAGGGACCGCUGCCCCACCAGAGUAACUACGGAAACUAAACUAACAUCGUGACUACGACCGCACACCCCGGUAACUAUGGGGUAAAAAACAACGCUGCACCUUGCUAACCGUGGAAAUCACUACUCUAAUCCGGUCGAACUAUGGCAGCCAAACGUAGACCUCCUCCCAUCACCUCAACACAGAACUGUCUACCAGUCGGGGAUCACCUCAACACAGAACUGUCUACCAGUCGGGGAUCACCUCAACACAGAACUGUCUACCAGUCGGUGAUCACCUCAACACAGAACUGUCUACCAGUCGGUGAUCACCUCAACACAGAACUGUCUACCACUCGGUGAUCACCUCAACACAGAACUGUCUACCAGUCGGGGAUCACCUCAACACAGAACUGUCUACCAGUCGGUGAUCACCUCAACACAGAACUGUCUACCAGUCGGGGAUCACCUCAACACAGAACUGUCUACCAGUCGGUGAUCACCUCAACACAGAACUGUCUGCCAGUCGGUGAUCACCUCAACACAGAACUGUCUACCAGUCGGUGAUCACCUCAACACAGAACUGUCUACCACUCGGUGAUCACCUCAACACAGAACUGUCUACCACUCGGUGAUCACCUCAACACAGAACUGUCUACCAGUCGGGGAUCACCUCAACACAGAACUGUCUACCACUCGGUGAUCACCUCAACACAGAACUGUCUACCAGUCGGGGAUCACCUCAACACAGAACUGUCUACCAGUCGGGGAUCACCUCAACACAGAACUGUCUGCCAGUCGGGGAUCACCUCAACACAGAACUGUCUACCAGUCGGUGAUCACCUCAACACAGAACUGUCUACCAGUCGGUGAUCACCUCAACACAGAACUGUCUACCAGUCGGGGAUCACCUCAACACA